CCCUUUCUCUACCCCCUACUCCUCUUUCCGUCCACCACACCCCUUAACAACCACAGCAACACCUCCCCGCCCACCGCUGCGUGUCCCGCACACAACUACACGACACAGCUAGUCUCGCUAGACCCGCUGGUGAUCUACAUCCGAUCAUUCGUGUCCGCCGCAGAAUCCGCGGCCCUGAUUGCCGCCGGCGAGCCGCUCCUGCAACCCUCGCCCAUCACCGGAAUAGGGGAAGGUCAAGACUCGACCGGCACAUCGGCACGCACAUCAAGCAGCGCACCACUCCCGCCCUCCGCCGACGUCGUCCGAUGCGUGCUCGCCCGCGGCGCAGCGUUCCUGGGCACGCUACUCGCAGACGGGCGCGACGACAUGGGGACUGCGCAGCUGGUGCGGUACACGGCGGGGCAAAAGUACGACGUGCACGCGGACUGGUUCGCGCGGCCGCGGGUGCUGGCGGAGGACGCGGCGGCCGGCCGUCGGCGCAUGUACAACCGCGCGGCGACGCUGUUUGUGGUGCUGCAGGCGGACGGGGUGCCGGCGGGGUCGGGCGAGACGUGGUUUCCGCGCGUGCGGCCGAUCCACGGUCAUGCAUCUUCUCUGGGUGCUGGUGAUGGUGAUGGGAGGAGGGAAUGGUACGAGCACGCGUCGGGUGGGCUCGCGUUCCGGCCGGUGCCGGGCAACGCGGCGUUCUGGGUGAACCUGUUUCCGCAUAACGGGUCGGGCGACGCGCGGACGGUGCACGCGGGUCUGCCGAUCGCGGGCGGCGUCAAGACGGCCAUGAACAUCUGGCCGAGGACCUUCUUU